GGGCCAGAAAAACAAAUAAGAAGAGUCCCAAACCAAAGUCCCGGACAGGUCAUAUCUCGAACCCUUGAGGAUUCGUUGUUGCCUUCGUCACUCAGCCAACAAGAACCAGACUAGUCCUAGUCCUAGUCCACGCGCGAAUAUACAAACGUCUUAAAAAGCCAUUUGAUAGGACCGAUCUCCAAGGGUUUUGCUCAGAAAAACAGAGAGAGAUUUUGGGAAUUCGAUGAAUAGUGGUGAUACCUUAUCGACGUUAGCUCAAUUUAUCUCCUCUUCCGAGAGAUUUUUCCGGCGAGCUGACGGGUAUGGAGGCUUUUGUUAUUGCUGGGCCACCGUGUUUGCCCUUGUCUUCAUUCUUCUCUACCAAUUCGUCCUUUCCCCAAAACUCCGAUUCUUCAGUCAUGCUUCUUCUUCUUCUUCUUCCCCUGUUGUCUCGGUUUCUCAAUCUCUGAGCUCCCAAUCAGGAAUAUCUACUACACUUGUUUCUGAUGAAGAUCUAAAGGGUCUGAUUGAAAAAUUGGAGGAAACAAGUGAGGAUGCUCAGAUAUGGGAAAAUGUUAUUCAGAAAAGCAACCCUCGCGUCUCAUACACUGCUAAAUGCUGCAAACCAACAGAUGGUGGUCCCAUGAAGUAUUUGAGUACUACAGUGUUUGAGGAUUGCUCGCCAGAGGUUUUGAGGGACUUCUACAUGGACAAUGAAUACAGGAAACAAUGGGAUAAAACUGUCGUUGAGCAUGAGCAGUUGCAGGUUGACAGUAAUAGUGGAAUCGAGAUUGGUCGCACUAUAAAAAAGUUCCCCUUGUUGACACCAAGGGAGUAUGUAUUAGCUUGGAAAUUGUGGGAGGGGAAGGAUAAGUUUUACUGUUUUAUCAAGGAAUGUGACCACAAUAUGGUGCCGCAACAGAGGAAGUAUGUACGUGUAAGUUAUUUCAGAUCUGGUUGGCGAAUUAGGAAAGUUCCUGGUAGGAACGCUUGUGAGAUACACAUGUUUCACCAGGAAGAUGCUGGAUUAAAUGUUGAGAUGGCAAAGCUUGCUUUCUCUAGAGGCAUAUGGAGUUACGUUUGUAAGAUGGAAAAUGCACUUCGUAAAUACAUUGCAACCAGUCAUAGACCCCAAGGGCCCACUUUAUCUGCUGUAAGCUUAAUGAAGAAGAUUCCAUCAGAGUUAGAAAGUCAGACAGAUGACAUCACAAACUUCUCGGGAACUACCACUAGUGGUCUGCACACAGGUGAAGGAGCCAAACGGAAGAAACUGUUGAGAAAGCCUUCAAAGAAGCUGAUAGCAAAUGGUAUGUUACUUUUGGGCGGUGCAGUUGGUGGUGCAAUCUGCCUGUCUCGUGGUCACUCCGCCUUGGGAGCAAAGGUCGCCUUGGCCUACUUCUUGUCGAAGAUGAGAAAACGUGGAGCUCCACUGAGUCAAACAACCCAAAACGCUGGUAUUUAAGUCAUGCAUAGAUUUGUAUUUUGAUGAAGCAUCUGCUACUUGUAACCUUAGAUUAAGCUUGCGUGAUAGGGGGUUGUCUGUAGAAGUGAUUAAACGUGUGAAUACUGUCAUAGAAAAGUUAUAUUUCUGCAAUUGCUCUAAUCACAUGAGCUCUAGGGUCUUCAAAGUUUUGUAUACGUCUCGUGGAAGACUUUAUAUUUUUGUUAAUGUGAAUGUAAAAACUUGUAUUUUAUUCAGACAAGCCCUUUGUUUUUCUGACCAAA